GGGAGGUUGCACUCAUCCUACCAGUGUGUUGUCUUCUCUCCAGACUCUCCAGUGUUUUGCCUAGAUUCCAACUUGGGUGCCAAGAAGCAAGGGAUGCUCCCCUGCACUGCAUGAGGCCCUGAUUCCUUCAUCUCUUCCUCCCUCUUGUUGACCCCUUCAUUUUUUUCAGUGUGUUGCUGUUGGAAGGUUCCUCUGAUGUGAAUUGAGCCCUUGGCUCUGUUGUGGGGGGAGACCAAGCGACCUUCUGGGGAGCUGCCUGUCAUCCUCCUCAGGCCAAACUGGCCCCCGGGAGCAGCCUCGCCCGCUGAGAUCCCGCACACCAGAGGCCGGCGGUUCCUCCCCGUCCUCCUCCUUGGCCUGCCUCCCCACUCCCUGGCAGCUCACAAGGGAGCAGCGCGUUGUGGGGCUACCACUGAGGUGCCCAGCUGUCGAAAUUGGCCUCCAGCGGGAAGGAGUGAUCCAGGGGCAAUCCAUCAGGAUAGAGCAGCGGCAGGGUCAUUGGAGAAGACUGUAGCGCACGAGGGCCUGGGCAAGGAGAAGGAGGAUGGCAGCUGAGACACUGAACUUCGGGCCAGAGUGGCUUCGUGCACUCUCCAGCGGUGGGAGUGUUGCUUCCCCCCCGCCCUCCCCUGCCAUGCCAAAGUACAAACUAGCAGAAUACCGAUAUGGGCGGGAAGAGAUGUUAGCACUUUACGUCAAAGACAACAAGGUCCCAGAGGAGAUCCAGGACAAAGAGUUCUCUGCGAUUCUUCAGGACGACCCUCUGCAGCCACUGGCUCUAGUCCCCUUGACGGAGGAAGAGCAGAGGAACUUCUCCAUGUCUGUGAACAGUGUUGCAGUGCUGAGGCUGAUGGGAAAGGGGGGCGGGGCAGCCCCUGCUGGCGUCUCCCGUGGAAGAGGCAGCACGCGGAGCCGAGGCCGUGGCCGUGGCGAGAGUGGCUUUUACCAAAGAAGCAUCGAAGAGGCAGAAGGAGCAUUUGGCCGUGGUGGUGGUGGUGCUGCUGCCCGAGAGAUCCACCGGAGCCAGAGUUGGGAUGACCGAGGAGAGCGGCGAUUUGAGAAGCCUGUCCGACGGGAAGGAGCCCGGGCUCCGUUUGAGGAGGGGCCUCCCCCAGGCCGCAAAGAUUUUGCCCGCUCGGACAGCGACAACUGGCGCACGCUGCGGGAGGAGCACACAGAAGAGGAGGAGGAGGGCGGUGGUGGUGGCGUCAGUGCUGCGGCCGGGUCAGGAGGCAGUUGGCGGCAGAGCGGAGGCGCCCGGCGGGAGAGUGAGCGUUGGCGGUCAGCCAGCCCAGAUGGAGGGCCUCGCUCGGCGGGGUGGCGUGAGCACGGUGGAGAAGGGCGCAGGCGGAAGUUUGACUUUGACUUCCGGGGGCAUGAGGAGGAGCCGCGGAGCGGGCGGCGGCAUCGGCACAACAGCGACAGCUUCGAGGAGGACAAGGACGGGCUGCCUGAAUGGUGCCUGGAAGACGAGGAGGAGGAGAUGGGCACCUUUGACUCCUCUGGGGCCUUCAUGUCCCUCAAGAAGAGCCCCAAAGAGUCGAUUCCUGAGGAGCAGGAGUUGAGUUUCCAGGCUCUGCAAGAGGAAGAGGAGGAGGAGGAGGAGGAGGAUCGGCCAGAGGCCAAGGAGGGCGAGAGGAGAGAGAGCGGGGGUGACCCUGUGGCACCCCCAGCCAAAGAAGGGGCUGAGAGAGAGUGGAAGGAUCCCCGGCUGGUGCCAGAUGAGAAGUUGCCAGCUCCUCCCGGCGCCCCCUGGCGGUCAGGCCCGCCUUUCUCCACUACAACUGCUCCCGCUGCCGUGGACGAAUGCGACAGUGCCGUGCUGGGGGGCUCCUCCCAAGCGGCGGAGGUGUCCUUGCUGGCUGCUAGUGGCAACCCAGAUGCAGACGCUUCAGAUGCCCCUCCCGGGGACCCAGGUAUUCUGAGUCGCCCAGCUCAGCUCAGCCCCGUGGCCACCUCCGCCCUCCCCUUGCCUGCUGCCUCAGCUGCUGCCACGAUGGAAUUCACGGUUGGAGACAACGAGGACGAAGAUGGGAUGAAGCAUCUCCAGCAGGAAGCAGAGAAGAUGGUGGCCUCCUUGCAGGACAGCUCCCUGGAGGAGGAGCACUUCACGCAGACCAUCGUUGAGCACCGCAACACUGCUGCCGCCUUGCCCCUCUCGCACGAAGCAGCCAUGAAGUGGUUCUACAAGGACCCCCAGGGGGAGAUCCAAGGCCCCUUCACCACCCAGGAGAUGGCCGAGUGGUUCCAGGCCGGCUACUUCACCAUGUCCCUGCUGGUGAAACGCGGCUGCGAUGAGGGCUUCCAGCCCCUGGGCGAGGUCAUCAAGAUGUGGGGAAGAGUGCCUUUUGCUCCGGGUCCGUCGCCACCCCCUUUGCUGGGAAACAUGGACCAGGAGCGCCUGAAGAAGCAGCAGGAACUGGCAGCCGCUGCCCUCUACCAGCAGCUCCAGCACCAACACCUGCUUCAGCUCACCAACAGCAGGCAGCAGCAGUAUGCCCAGUGCGCCCUCCAGCAAAAGGUGGCAACCGGGGACCUGACGCCGCAGCAACUCACCACCUUCCUGCAGCAGCUGCAGUCUCUGAAGCCAAGAGCUGGGGAGCAGGGAAUGAUUCCUUCUCUGAACCGAUCAAUAUCUGUGCCAGACACCGGGUCCUUGUGGGACACACAUACCUCAGCCUCACCGCAAGCAGGUGGUGAAGCCAGCUUAUGGGAUAUUCCAAUUAAUUCUUCAACUCAGGGUCCAAUCUUAGAACAACUUCAACUGCAACAUAAACUCCAAGAGCGGAGAGGUGCUGAACUCAGGGCUAAGAGGGACGAAGACGAGCGCAAGCGGCGCCAGGAGGAGCAGAAGCGGCGCCAGGAGGAGGAGGAGCUGUUCAGGCGCAAGCAGCUGCCAUCUUCCUCUUCCUGGGGCCAGCAGUCGGUGAACAGCACCUCCUCCCCGCAGAACAGCUUUAGCAUCUCUGACGUCCAGAAGCUGGGGGACGCCCGGGUGUGCCGGGAGCUGCGGGACGAGUGCCGCCAGCAGGAGCUGCUGCUGAAACUGCUGCAGCAGCAGAACCCCCAGCUGCUGUGGAGUGGGCUGGCCAAGCAGAAUCUCUCCUCCUCCAUGAAGGCCCUGCUGGAGCUGCAGCAGGAGAGCGACAGGCACCUGCAGAAGCAGCAGCAGCAGCAGCAGCAGCGGGCCCAGCAGAGAGCGCAUGGGGGCCACGGCCUGUCCAGCCUCCCGUCGCAGUGGGGGGUGGACUCCAGCCCGCUGUGGGGAGGCCAUGAGAAGAACAGCUCCAUCAGCCUCUGGGAGGAGAGCCUGAAGACCUCCAGUCCUCUGGCCAGGAGCCUCGGUCUGAAGAACAGCCGCAGCAGCCCGUCGCUGGGGGACACGUAUGGCGCCUCCUGUCGGCAGGGCAGGAAGAAGACUGACGAAGAGGAGAAACUGCUGAAGCUGCUGCAGGGAAUCCACAAGCCCCAGGACGGCUUCACCCAGUGGUGCGAGCAGAUGCUCCACGCCCUCAAUACCUCCAGCACCCUCGAUGUGCCCACUGUGGUGGCGUUCCUGAAGGAGGUGGAGUCCCCCUACGAUGUCCAUGACUACAUCCGCUCCUACCUGGGAGACACGCUGGAAGCCAAAGAGUUCGCCAAGCAGUUCCUGGAGCGCCGUGCCAAGCAGAGAGCCAAUCAUCAGCGCCAGCAACAGCAGCAGGAAGCCUCUUGGCUCAGCUCCAGCAGCCUGCAGUCCAUAUUCCAGGCCAACCACAACCCCAAGCCGCCAUCUUUUGAGAACAGCCAAGCUGCAAAGAUCAAGAGGCGUCCCAUGAUGCUCCACGCUGAUCCCAGCAUUUUGGGCUACGCCCUCCACGGCUCCUCAAGCGAGCUGGAAACGGUGGACGACUACUGACCGAAGCCCUCACAGCAAUAGGAAUCUCUCUUUCUUUCUCUCUCUCUCUCUCUCUCUCUCUCUCUCUCUGUGUCUCCUCUCUGCCGCUGCUGCCUUGAUUUAACCAAUUUUCAGUUUGGGCUGAAUGUGCACUGCAGGAGAGGUGGCCUGGUGCCCUCCUCCCUCCCAUAUCCCCCUCCCCCUCCUGGAUGGGGGCAGGAAGUAGCACGGAGGAGUGGUCAGUGGCGGCAAGGGUCAGUCGGACAGACUCGGAGGGUGUGGAGCACUUCUUUCCUUACAGAAGCACCUUAAUGAACAAACAGAAAAACCUUUUUUCUGCCAUGCACUUUAUCAAGACUUUUUUUUUUACAGUGACUUGUUACAGAUUCAAAAAAGGAAAAAAAUACAAUUUUUUUGAAGUUCUGGAAGAAUUUUUUUAAAAAAACAUCAAAAAUCUACAAAAAAAGUUUUAUCAUUAAAAGAAAACACUUAUUUUUCACAUGGGGAUAAGUUUAAACAAUGUGAAUGGCAAUUUCACAAAGGCUUGAUAUAAAAAAAGAUUUAUAAGAAAAAAACUUGAAGAAAUGCACUUAGAAAAAAAAGAACUGUGUGUGUCCUUUUUUUUGAGAAUUCUAUAGACAUGUGUAAAUACUGUUCAGACUUUUGCCCGGCACAGUAUAUUUUCUCUUACAAAGAGGCCAUUUUAUAAGAGAUUUUUUUUCUUUAAAAAAAAUUGCACAAAAAUGCCUACCCUCCUCAUUUCCCCCUUUUUUUAACCCUCUGGAUGUACACCUCUACAUGUUUUUUUAUUAAAAAGGAGAAAAAGAAAAAAAAACUUGGCAAAAAGAUGAAUAUACACUAACCACGAAGCAAGGUUGCUCGUCCCAGAAGCUGCUUGGCUCUACAAGCUGACCCAGGAGUCCUCUCAGCGGGCCGGAAACGUCGUCUGGCUUCCUCCAGGCAUCUUAGCAAAGCCCCACCCCCUUUCUUUUGGCCCCUCCCAUGUGUUCCGUUAAUUUGGGGCUGCCUUUUUUCCCUUUCCCCCCUCUGCAGAUGCCCUUUUUAAAAUCAAUGUUCUGGCGCUACAGCUUGUCAGCACAUGCAACUCUUUCGUUUUCCAACAGCUGUUCUCUGUGUCUGUAUGAGAUGCACUUUUUACAAGAGGGGGAAAGAUGUUCCAGGUUUUCUUGAUUGCCUCUUUUUCUCCCUGCCGGCACCUCUUUGUUCAGUAUCUGUAUACAGAUGAGAAUCCAAUCAUCCUCUAUCAAAAGUGGUUUUUUGAGGGGGUGGGGGAAAGACCUGCGUAUCUGCAAACGUCAACCUGGGAACGACCCAUGCACUCGAAGCGGAAUUGAAUGUAUCUUCCUCGGACGACAAUUGAGCUCUGGAGGGACAUGCUCUCCACCCUCCUCCCAAAGCUGCCUGUUGUGGUGGGUUUUUUCUUCUCAUGAAGAACGGUGGAUGGCUGUGAGACAGGCAGCCAUGUGUUUGCGUUUGUUUGUGUGUGUGCGGUUUUUUGUUUUUGUUUUUAUUUUUAAGAAACAAGGAAGCUGUUCAUGUCUUUUGGUCUGUAUUGGAGCUCUGGUGUUUUUAUAGUGAACGCCCUGUUGGGGGUGACAUUUCGAUAUGUGCUUUUUUUGUGUGGAUAUAGAGUAUAUAUAGUAUCUUUACAGAUGAUAACCUUUAAAAAAAAUAAUUUUGCUUGGACAGAUUUUUUUUUUUGCUCAUAAGGAACUUUUUUUGGGUUUUGUUUACAAUCCAUCCCCGAGCCCCAUGGCGGGGCUGGUUGCACAGAGGGUACUGGGGGUUGAAUCUUGAAAGGUGUGCGUGUGCAUGUGUCACGGGAAAUGGGUCCCUCUCUCUCUCCCUACAGCAUGUGAAGCUGUACAGUCACGAGGCAGCUGGACGGAAGAGAGCGUUGCUGGUGACCACUUCUCUCUUUCCCUUGGGAAGGUUGGGAUGCAUGAGACGGGACGCUUGCAGCAAAGACCUUGGACACCCUCUAUGCCGCCUUCUAACUUUGUGUUGAUACCUCCCUGAGCAUCUAAAAAGUACACAAAUCCCUGCUCCUUUUGGAAAUGUGUUUGCUGUGAAUGCCACAUGAGAAUGUUUGGCUGCAUUCAGGACUCAGAAGCACCCCAGGUGCCAAGGUUUUUCUCUCUCUCCUCCCUGCCCUGGCGGGGGAGGAACUUAAAUCAGCGCAGCUUUUCAGCGCAACAAAACAAAACCUUAAAUUUUGUGUUAAUGACCAAAAUAGUGAAGACCUGCUUGGAUUUUUGUUCUUGCUGUUGUUCUUUUGUCAAGCUAUACAAGACCACAGACUUCUGUUGAAGGCUUGUGGUGCCGUGUGUCGGGGUUUUUUAAAAUAUAAUUUCGAUAGUCCUUGUCAUUAAUACUGUGAUGUUUUAAUGGUUCCUGUGUUACCUGGCAGGAAGAGACCUGGAGAAAGCAGGUGAGAGGGUUGGGAAUCUGCUCCCCCUCUCUCGCUCUCCCUUCUCGCCUCGCAAAGAUGGAAUCUGGGGGCAUCGCUUUGUUCUCUGCCAUCGCUUUUGUUCAGUAUUGCUCCACCGAGAAGACGCCUUGGAAGGGCUCCCUGGAGAGGAUUCUGGGCUCUGCUGUCAAUGACUCUGGAAUCCCUGGCUUGUGUUGACGCUGCUACGCACGCCUGACUGGGCGGGAUUCUUCACCGUUGGAGCUGGUCGGCUCCAGUGACUCUUGGUGUGAGAACCAGCUCUCCCAGCGUCUCGUCUCUCCUGCCAGCUCUUCUGAAUUGGUGGUUUGAGUGGGGAACGCCUUUCUUGCAAGGCCCUCUUUCCCCCGCUUGAGCUUUUCUGGGGUGCCACGAUUUGGAGCCUGCCAUCUAGGAGUCCGAAGACUGGUGCAGCUGUUUUUCUCCUUUGGGAUAUUGCCUCAAGAAUGUAUUUGGAAAAGCUGCUUUCUGGCCUGCCUCUUCCAACCAAGGGCUGUAUUUUUACGUUGGAUUCCCUUCUAUCAAUCACUUGCUUUGCUUGCAAAAUAGAUGGGGAACGGGAGGAAGUCAUUGGCCCCCCCCAGCCUCCUGCCAUAUUUUUUUAUUUUGGUUUUUUGUUUUGUUUUUUCCUUUUGCACCAAAACCUCGGGGUGGGAUGUUAACUGAAAUAAUCCUAAGACUUUCAUCAAGGUACGGGCAAAGUUUACAAAAGAGAGCUGGCUGGGAUUGUGACUCCUUCCACCCUCUGCCCGUGGAAGCAGAGGGUAGGUAGAAGGGGAGGGGGCACAGACAGACAGAGGCAGCCCCUCCCAGCUGGAGAGUUCUGUUCAGCUCUUGAAGGUUAUUUUUCAAUCUCCACGUAUGAGAGAUGUGGAGUUCCUCCCCUUUUCUUUCUUUUUCUUUUUUUGAAAUGUCUUGUGUUCCCUUCUGUAUAAAUAAUGUUUUGUUUUCCCUACUUACAGCAUAACGUUGGGGGUGGGUGGGAAUUUUUUUUGUGCGUGUGUGUAACGUUUGCCUUAUCAGUUUUUAAGGGGGGGGGAGUGGAAAAAAGACCUUCAGUGUGUGGGUUUUUUCAGUAUUAUAGCUGUUUUUUUAAAAAUAAAAUACGUAGCAAUAAGGGAAAGAAAAUAACCAAGUUUUCAAUGAGAAUCGUAGCACACAACACUGGGAAGGGUUUUGGUUGCAGUUGUUAGUUGAUGUUGUGCCCACUUGCCAAGAUGACCUAGAGUUGUGGUGUUGAAGGGGGGUGGAGUACAUAUUAAGGGGGUCCGGGCUCCCCCCCCCCGGCCACCCCCAGCUGUGUUGGCCUUUUGCUGAGUCUAUCAAAUGUGAAGGUAGCAAAGUGAGGGCGGGUGGGGGGCAGGUACCGAGCCCCCACAUAGAGCUCAGAUUCUCCUCCCCCCCCUUGGCCUCCCUUCCUAGAGUGUUACAGUUUCUGAAGCCAGUUUCUCUUUAAAUAAGACAAUGGAGGUCUGUAUGUGAGAUGUUUGGGGUUCUUUGGGGGGGGGAUUGUUUUUGUAGCAGUGUCAUCUUUUUAAUUGACUUUUUUCGCAACCAUUUGAAAUGUGACAAUGAAUGUAAAAAAAUGUGGCAGGCUUGACUCUCCUUGGGUGCUGUUGGUGCAAGACGGGAAGGGAAAGUGGUGUGUGUGUGAAGGGGGUGGGUGAGCUUUGAUUUUUGUGUUUCUUUUUGCUUUGGGGAUGCCAGAGUAAUGUGCAUUCAAAGGGAACCUGAGUAAGAAACAGCUACAGGAGGAGGAGGAGGAACCCUUAAAUGCCAUGCAGCCAUUAUACGUGUGGUUGGAUGCUUACCGCUUGGAUGCCAGUUUUCCCAGGGUCUGGGCUGUGUACCGGUGGUGGAGGGAGAUGGUCUCUCCGGUGCUCUCCUGGCCCAUGGGCACUGGCUCUUGCAGGCACAGGGAGGCCUGUCCCAGCUUGUAUCCAUCCUCACCCCCAGUGACAGCGUUGUAGUUUUGUUCUGAGGUUUGUUCUGAUGCCUUAAAUUGUAACACGCGUUGCUUGGGAGGGCGGGCAGGUUUUCUGGUGGGAAGGUGGACUAUUUCCCCCUUUGUGUUUGGCAGUGAUGAGCGAUGCUUUGGCCGGGGGGGGGGGGGCGGGGUGCAUAUGUCGAUGUGGAGGGUGUUGGUCACAAGUCUCCCUUGGGUGAGGAGUUUGAACUUGCUGUGGGACAGGAUGGGGUGCCUGGGUUAGCACGUUCAGUAACAGCAGCCCUUCCUGGUUGGGCGGGGGGGGGGGGGCUUUCAAGUUGGAAGAGCUGUCGCCGGACACCUGGGUUCUUCUUGUGCAAAUGCAGCCUGGCGGGCCAGUGGCGGGGGGGGGGGGACCAGUGCAACUCCGCCUCCCCGGACUCUGCAGACUCUGCUUGACUCUCAGCUUCUAGCUGUCCCUCUGCCAAGCGGGGGCCAGAAGCACAUCUACCUCUCUCUGCUGUUGCUGUCCGCACAGAGACCAGGCGGAGGCGUCCUUCCCCGAGUAUUACACGAAACUGUGAUGGGAGGUGCUGAAGCGGAGAACUCCGGCCUCCCAGCUCCUACUGAGAGUGGAAACAUGUUUACAGACUUCACCUUUUUCCUGGUGCAAAUUUGGCAGAGACAUUUUCGGGGCUGGGGGGAGAGGGAGCUCCCCCCUCCCAGUUUGCUGAAUGUUUGAAAUGGACCUGCUGCCCUCCAAGGACUUGGCUGGGGGCGCGCUCUCUCUUUCUCUCUUCCCCUCUCCCCCAGAGGGAGGGUUGGCUGGAUGCAGGACUCCUGGGUUCUUCUCCCUUGUGUCAGAGAGCCAAGCUGCGGAGGAGCUGGUGGAGCCGCAACAGCCAGGUUUGCGCAAGUGUGGAAGAUGUGCUACAAGAGGAGGGGAAGGCCUCUCCUCCCAGGACGGGACCCUUGGUCGCUUUUUGCCCCCGGGUGCCAAAGGGGGCUGGACUGUCGGAUUCUGUUCCUGCGCACUGCGCCUUAAGUUGGGGGUUUCUCCCUGCUGUAUAUAAAGCUUGUUUCUUUGCUCCUCUCUCCAAACUAUGUAAGAACUGUUUUGGCUUUCAAUAGGGUGUAUGUAUAUCUAUGGGUGUAAGAUGCCAAAUUUAGCCCCCUUUCCCUUGUGUAUGAUCUCUCUUCUCGAUGUGCAUCUUGUAAAUGCCCCUUCCUUCCACCCUGCAAGUUUGCAAGGAAAUAAAAGCUUAGAUGGUU